AUGACGACCACUGCGACGACCCUAAAGGGUCAGCCCCUCGACCGGCAGGUCCUCGAUGCCAUGCUGCGCCGGCGUCUCUUCUUCACCCCAGCCUUCGAGAUUUACGGUGGCGUCGCUGGCCUCUUCGACUAUGGCCCCCCCGGCUGCUCCCUGCAAGCCAACAUUGUCGACAUCUGGCGCAAGCACUUCAUCCUCGAGGAGGACAUGCUCGAGAUCGACACCACCGUCCUGACCCCGCACGAGGUUCUCAAGACGUCGGGCCACGUCGACAAGUUCGCCGACUGGAUGUGCAAGGACCCCAAGAACGGCGACAUCCUACGUGCCGACCACUUCGUUGAGGACGUGCUCGAGUCCCGCCUCAAGGGUGACAAGGAGGCUCGCGGCGAAAAGGUCGAGGAGGAGGACGACCCCAAGAAGAAGAAGAAGAGAAAGACAAAGACCGAGGCCGUCAAGCUCGACGACAACGUCGUCCAGGAGUACGAGGAGGUCCUGGCCAAGAUCGACAACUACAAUGGCACGGAGCUCGGCGAGCUCAUCAAGAAAUACGACCUCAAGAACCCGGCCACCGGCCUUCAACCCUCGCCUCCUGUCGCCUUCAACCUUAUGUUCCAGACCUCCAUCGGUCCCAGCAGCAACCUGGCUGGCUACUUGCGUCCCGAGACCGCUCAGGGCCAGUUCCUCAACUUCGCCAAGCUUCUCGACUUCAACAUGCAGCAGAUGCCCUUCGCCUCCGCCUCCAUUGGUCGCUCCUACCGUAACGAGAUCUCCCCGCGCGCCGGCCUCCUGAGAGUUCGCGAGUUCCUUAUGGCCGAGAUCGAGCACUUUGUCGACCCCGAGGGCGGCAAGAAGCACCACCGCUUCCCUGAGGUCGAUGCCAUCGAGCUCACCCUGCUGGACCGCCACACCCAGCUUGCCGGCAAGACGGACGUCAAGAAGAUGACGAUUGGCGACGCCGUGCGCAAUAAGGUCGUCGACAACGAGACUCUCGGUUACUUCCUCGCUCGCAUCCACCUCUUCCUACAGAAGAUUGGUGUCGAUAUGUCCAAGGUCCGCUUCCGUCAGCACAUGGAGAACGAGAUGGCCCACUACGCUGCCGACUGCUGGGACGCUGAGCUCCUCACCUCCUCCGGCUGGAUCGAGUGUGUCGGCUGCGCUGACCGCAGCGCCUACGAUCUGUCUGUCCACGCCAAGAAGACGGGCGCCCCCCUCGUCGUACGCGAGCGCCUCGACGAGCCACUCAUCUUCGAGGAGUGGCAGGUCGAGAUUGACAAAAAGAAAUUCGGUCCCCAGUUCAAGAAGGACGGCAAGACGGUCGAGGCGGCCCUCGAGGCCACCACCCAGGAGCAACGCGAGAAGCUCGCCAAGCAGCUCACCGAUAAUGGCGAGCUCGAGCUCGAGGUUGCCGGCGUCGGCAGCGGCACGGUCAAGGUCAGCAAGGACCUUGUCAAGAUCGAGUUCAGGAAGCGUAUCGAGAACACCAGGGAGUACACCCCCAACGUCAUUGAGCCGUCAUUUGGUAUCGGUCGAAUCCUGUACUCGUUGAUCGAGCACGUCUACUGGAAUCGCGCCACCGAAGAUGGCGGCGACGAGGCCCGCGGAGUCCUCUCCUUCCCACCGACGGUCGCCCCGACCAAGGUUCUCAUUGUGCCCCUGUCGGCCAACAAGCAGUUCCAGCCCUUCAUCAACAAGAUCUCGCAGAAGCUGCGCAAGAUCGGCAUCUCGGCCCGCGUAGACUCGUCCUCGGCCACGAUCGGCAAGCGUUACAGCCGUAACGACGAGCUCGGCACGCCCCUGGGCAUCACCAUUGACUUCCAGACCGUUCAAGACAGCACCAUCACCCUUAGAGAUCGCGACUCGACGAAGCAGGUCCGCGCGGACGAGGAAACCAUCGUCGCGGCCAUCCAGAGCCUCGUCACUGGCGCCAAGGAGUGGAAGGAUGUUGCGGCCGAGCUCCCAGCAUUCGAGGGCCAGGAGGUCGAUGUCACCGUUCGGUAA